GUGGGGCUAAUAGGGUGGGAUCUCAGGGUUUUAGGGGCCCUCCGAGGGUUUGGGAGCCAUUUUGGCUGGCUCUGAGGGACAUAGGAUUGGGGAAUUUGUGGGUGCCUUGCAGCUGGCCCUGGGGGUUUUAGGGAUCCUGUGGGGCUCUCUGCAGAUGUUCCUGAUGGGUAUGGGAACUCCGAGGUUUAGGGGAUGCCUUUUGGCUGGACCUGUGUGAUUUCAGGACCCUAUCUAGCUGGUUGUGUGGGGUUUGUAGGUGCUGUGCUGUUUAGGGCACCAUUUGGCUGGCCCUGUGGUGUUUAGGGGGCCUGUGAAGCUUAGGCUGUGUGGUAGCUGCAUGAGGUUAAGGGUCCUGCUGUGGUUUAGAGGCCCCAUGUGUCAGGCCACGUGGGGUUUGCAGGGCCUGUGGGGCUUGAGGCUCCUUUCAGUCAGUGCCAAGGGAUUAGGGUGGCCCUGUGAGGGUUUGGGAGCCAUUUUGUCUCUCUCUCAGGGAUGCGGGGAAUUCAUGGGCACCUUGCAGCUGUCCCUGUGGGGCUUAGGGGACCUGUGGGACUGAGGGGUUCCCUGCAACUGUUCCUGGGGGAUUUGAGGUACAUUUUGAUUGUUUCUGUGGAGUUUGGGGACCCUGUGGGGUAUAGGGGAUACCUUUUUGCUGGGCCUGUGUCAUUUGGGGGCCCUGUCUAGCUAGCUGCAUGGGGCUUGUAGGUGCUGUGAGAUUUGGGGCACCUUUUGGCUGUCCCUGAGGCAUUUAGGGGGUUCCAUUUGGUUUAGGGAUCCCCUUUUGUCUGGACCUGUAUAUUCUGGGGGUAUUAUGUGGCAGGUCCUGUAGCAUUUAGUGGGCCUUGUGAGGCUUAGGACGCAUGAACUGCAUGAAGUUAAGGGGCCCAGUGGGGUUUAGGGGCCCCAUGUGGCAGGCCCUGCGGGGUUUGCAGAUGCUAUGGGGCUUGGGGUACUUUGUAGCUGUCCCUGUGGGGUUUGGGGUCCAUGUGGGAUUUAGGGAAUCCCUUGUGGCUGGCUCUGUGAUAUAUGGGGCCUGUUGUAACUGACCCUGGGAAUUAGGGGACUCUGGGGGGCUUAGAGGCCCCGUGUGGCUGCCCCUGUGGAUUUUGCAGGCCCUGUGAGGUUUGGGGCUCCUUUUAGCUGACCCUGAGGGGUUUAGGGGCCCUGCAGGGCUUAGAGCCCCCAUUUGGCUGCCCCUGUAGGGUUUGGGGUGCCUUUUCGCUGGCACUGAGGGGUUUGAGGGCCCAGAGAGUCGGGCCUUGUGGCAUUUUGGAGUCCCUGUAGUGUUCAGGCUGCGUGGUCAGCUGCAUGAGGGAGUCCUUUGAGGUUUGCAGGCCCUGUUGGGUUUUAGAGGCCCUGUGGGGUUUAGGAUUCCCUUAUGGCUGUCCCUGUGGGAUUUGCAGGCCCAUUGUGGCUCUGUCUUUGAAGCUUGAGCCCUGUGGGGUUUCAGGAGCCCCAGUGGGGUUUUGGGCCCCACAUAGUUAACCUAAUGGAACUGGAGGCCCUAUGGAUGUGGUGCCUGCCUGGUGCAGGUGGUGACAGAGGGUCUGUUCCCGGAGCAUGCGUUGGGCCCUGCUCCCCUCCAGCAGCAGCACUUCUUUACCCAGCUGUGAGGCCAGACACAGCGCCGAUCUCUGCUUGCUGCUGCUUGCCUUCAGUGCUGCUGCUUGUUGCCUGUGCCAGCUGAGCUGUGUCAUCUUUGUGACAGAAGGAUCACUUCAAGAAAAAGAUGCUUCUCCCCUGCUAUACUUCCUGUUCUCCUCACCACCACCCUCAAAGAAUUUUGUUUCAGUGUUAUUUUCUAAAUGUCUGUGGUCACUUUAGGCUUUGAUGGAGUUCUUGCCCAGGAUAAAUCCAGAGCAUCUCACUGUGGCUGUCACCUGGAGGCCAGUUACCCAUCAGCAACUCUCAAGAUGACAAGAAUUUUGACAGCUUGCAAAGUGGUGAAGACUUUGAAAGGCAGAUUGGAGUUUUGCAAAGUGUCUGCUGAUCACUGGCGUUUCUCAAGGACUGGCACCAGGUUGUUGAGCAUCAAGGCGCAGACAGCGAACUUGGUGCUGAAAGAUGGAACGAAGAUGAAGGGCUAUUCUUUUGGCUAUCCAUCCUCCACAGCAGGGGAAGUCGUAUUCAACACUGGUAUUUCUGGAUACACCGAAGCCUUGACAGAUCCCAGCUACAAAGGACAGAUUCUUACUCUGGCUAACCCCAUUGUUGGCAACAGUGGGGUGCCUGACACAGCUGCCUUGGACGAAAUGGGCCUCAGGAGGUUUCUGGAGUCUGAUGGAAUCAAGGUUUCAGGUUUGCUGGUGCUGGAUUACAGCAAUGAGUACAGUCACUGGCAGGCUGCAAGGAGUCUUGGGGAGUGGUUGCAGGAAGAAAAGGUGCCUGCUCUCUAUGGGAUUGAUACCAGAAUGCUCUCCAAAUUAAUUCGUGACAAGGGCACAGUACUUGGGAAGAUUGAAUUUGAAGGUCAACCCACAGAGUUUGCAGACCCAAAUAAGCAGAACUUAAUUGCAGAAGUUUCAACAAAGGAGGUCAAGGUAUACGGCAGAGGGAAUCCAAUUAAAGUUGUAGCAGUUGACUGUGGGUUGAAGUACAAUGUUAUUCGUCUGCUGGUAAAGCGGGGUGCUGAAGUACAUCUGGUUCCAUGGGACCAUGAUUUUACCAGCAUGGAGUAUGAUGGGCUCAUAAUUUCUGGAGGUCCAGGGGAUCCAAUGAAGGCCCAGGAAGUGGUUCAGAAUGUCAGAAAGGUGCUGGAGAGCAAUCGCCCAGAGCCUUUGUUUGGGAUUAGCAUGGGGAACGUAAUCACUGGAAUAGCAGCUGGAGCUACUUCAUACAAGAUGCAGAUGGCCAACAGAGGACAGAACCAGCCUGUCCUGAAUGCAGUGAGUGGACAGGCUGUCAUCACUGCUCAGAACCACGGUUAUGCCAUCGACAGCUCUACCCUCCCACCUGGCUGGAAACCUCUCUUUGUCAAUGCCAAUGAUCAAACAAACGAGGGAAUUAUGCAUGAGACGAGACCAAUUUUCACAGCACAGUUCUACCCAGACGCAAAUCCCGGGCCAACAGACACAGAGUUCCUGUUUGACUCAUUUAUUUCACUGGUUAAGAGAGGGAAAGGCACUACCAUUGCUUCGGUCCUGCCCAAGGCUGGAGCAGCAGCUUCUAGAGUGGAGGUCUCCAAAGUUCUCAUUCUUGGAUCCGGGGGCUUGUCCAUCGGUCAGGCAGGGGAAUUCGAUUACUCUGGAUCUCAGGCUGUGAAAGCCAUGAAGGAAGAAAAUGUAAAAACUGUCCUCAUGAAUCCUAACAUCGCUUCAGUUCAGACCAAUGAGACUGGCAUAAAGCAGGCUGAUGCUGUCUACUUCCUUCCCAUCACUCCGCACUUUGUCACAGAGGUCAUCAAGGCAGAACGCCCUGAUGGAUUAAUUUUGGGCAUGGGUGGCCAAACAGCUCUCAACUGCGGAGUGGAACUCUUCAAGCAAGGAGUCCUGCAGCAGCAUGGUGUGAAGGUCCUAGGUACAUCAGUUGAAUCCAUCAUGGCUACAGAGGAUAGAAAGCUUUUUUCUGAUAAACUGACUGAGCUAAAUGAAAAGAUUGCUCCUAGCUUUGCAGUGGAAUCGAUUGAAGAUGCUUUGAAGGCAGCUGAGAAGAUUAGCUACCCAGUCAUGAUACGUUCUGCUUAUGCCCUUGGUGGUCUGGGGUCAGGCAUAUGUCCUGAUGAGGAAAGUUUGCUGGACCUUGGUACAAAGGCAUUUGCAAUGACUAACCAAAUUCUGGUGGAAAAGUCAGUUGUUGGCUGGAAGGAGAUAGAAUAUGAAGUUGUGAGAGAUGGUGCUGAUAACUGCAUUGCUGUUUGCAGUAUGGAAAACAUCGAUGCCAUGGGAGUCCACACAGGGGAUUCUGUUGUAGUGGCUCCAAGCCAGACACUUGCUAAUGAGGAAUUUCAGAUGCUGAGGGAUCGUGCCAUCAAGGUUGUCCGACAUUUGGGUAUUGUGGGAGAGUGUAAUAUCCAGUUUGCUCUGCAUCCAACUUCCCUGGAGUACUACAUCAUUGAAGUGAAUGCCAGACUCUCGAGAAGUUCAGCUUUGGCAUCCAAGGCAACAGGGUAUCCAUUAGCUUUCAUCGCUGCCAAAAUUGCCUUGGGGAUCCCCUUACCGGAAAUCAAAAACGUGAUGACAGGAAACACCUCGGCCUGCUUUGAGCCCAGCCUGGAUUAUGUUGUUACCAAGAUACCCCGCUGGGAUCUGGACCGCUUUCAGGGCACCUCCAACCGGAUUGGAAGCUCCAUGAAGAGUGUGGGAGAGGUUAUGGCUAUCGGCCGCACUUUUGAAGAGAGCUUCCAAAAAGCCCUGAGAAUGUGCCACCCCUCUGUAGAUGGCUUCACUUCACACCUGCCCCUGAAUAAAGCCUGGCCAGCCAGCACAGAUCUCCAGAAGGAACUCUCUGAGCCAUCCAGCACUCGGAUAUAUGCAAUGGCCAAGGCUCUGGCUAACAAAGUCCCUGUGGAUGUCAUUCACAAGCUCACGGCCAUUGACAAGUGGUUCCUGUAUAAGAUGCGCGGCAUUGUGAACAUGGAGAAGAUCCUGAAGGAAGCAAACAGUGAAGCCGUUCCAGAAGAGACCCUGAGGAGGGCCAAACAGCUCGGCUUCUCGGACAAGCAAGUUGGGAAGUGCCUGGGGCUGACUGAACUGCAGUGCCGGCAGCUGAGACUGAGGAAGAACAUAGCUCCCUGGGUGAAAAAGAUCGACACGCUGGCAGCAGAGUACCCUGCAGUAACUAAUUACCUGUACGUCACGUACAGCGGGCAGGAACACGAUGUAAAAUUUGAUGACUGUGGAGUGAUGGUGUUGGGCUGCGGACCAUAUCACAUAGGCAGCAGCGUGGAGUUUGAUUGGUGUGCUGUCUCCAGCAUCCGCACGCUGCGUCAGCUUGGCAACAAGACCGUCGUGGUGAAUUGCAACCCAGAGACGGUGAGCACGGAUUUUGAUGAGUGUGACAGACUGUACUUUGAGGAGCUGUCAUUGGAAAGGAUCCUGGACAUCUACCAAUAUGAGGGAUGCAGUGGUUGCAUUAUUUCUGUAGGUGGGCAGAUUCCCAAUAACUUGGCAGUGCCACUGUACCGGAGUGGAGUGAAGGUUCUUGGCACGAAUCCUUUGCAGAUUGACCGGGCAGAAGAUCGCUCUAUUUUCUCAGCUGUUCUGGAUGAGCUGCGUGUGGCCCAGGCUCCCUGGAAGGCAGUCAGCACUCUGAGAGAUGCAGUUGAAUUUGCAGGCUCUGUGAGUUACCCAUGUUUGCUGAGGCCUUCCUAUGUUCUGAGUGGGUCUGCAAUGAAUGUAGUGUUUACUGAAGAUGAAAUGAAGAAAUUCUUAGCAGAAGCCACCAGAGUCUCUCAGGAUCACCCUGUGGUACUCACUAAAUUUAUUGAAGAUGCCCGUGAGGUGGAAAUGGAUGCUGUAGCCAAGGCAGGAAGAGUUAUCUCGCAUGCAGUUUCAGAGCAUGUGGAGGAUGCAGGUGUUCACUCUGGAGAUGCCACUCUCAUGUUACCUGCACAGACUAUUAGCCAGGGAGCCUUGGAGAAGGUAAAAGCUGCUACAAAGAAGAUUGCAAAGGCCUUUGCCAUCUCUGGUCCGUUCAACAUUCAGUUCUUGGUGCGAGGCAAUGAUGUGCUGGUGAUAGAGUGCAACUUGAGGGCUUCACGCUCCUUCCCUUUUGUAUCCAAGACUCUGGGUGUGGAUUUCAUCGAUGUGGCCACGAAAGUGAUGACUGGAAAAGAGGUUAACGAGUCAACCCUCCCCACGUUGGAGCAGCCCAUUAUUCCCUCCAAAUACAUUGGGAUUAAGGCCCCGAUGUUUUCCUGGACCCGACUGAGAGAUGCUGACCCCAUUUUGCGAUGUGAAAUGGCCUCUACGGGGGAGGUUGCAUGCUUCGGGGAGGAUGUGUACUCUGCCUUCCAGAAAGCCAUGCUUGCCACUGGGUUUACGUUUCCUAAGAAAGGAAUUUUGAUCGGAAUCCAGAAGUCCUUCCGCCCCAAAUUCCUCAGCGUAGCAGAACUGCUGUGUGAGGAGGGCUUCAAGCUUUAUGCCACAGAAGCAACCUCUGACUGGCUCAAUGCAAACAGUAUCCCAGCAAACCCCGUGGCAUGGCCAUCGCAGGAGAGCCAGAAUCCGAGCCUCCCUUCCAUCAGGAGGCUGAUAAGGGAUGGGAAAAUAGAUCUGGUGAUUAACCUGCCCAACAGCAACACCAAGUUUGUCCAUGAUAAUUACGUGAUCCGGAGGAUGGCUAUUGACAGUGGUAUUGCUCUACUCACUAACUUCCAGGUGACAAAGGUUUUUGCUGAAGCUGUCAAAUACUCUGGGAAAUUGGACUCCAAGAGUCUCUUCCACUACAGACAGUUUGACAAUGGAGAUGCUGCAUAGAAGAGCUAUGUCCAGCCUGCUGUCUUACUGCUUCUGGCACCAUGGGAGAGGGGAUCUCAGAUCAUCCACCUAACGGUGCAUUUUAUAGCAUCUGCACUGUUUGUCUUUCCAGCUUACACAAACUAAUUCCCAGUGAAUACUUCUGAUUGUUCAUUGGAAACCCAUCCUCUCCUCAGCCUCUCCACCAUCUUGCCUCCAUUUCCACUUAGGAACAAAUAUUACUUACUAGAGGGGUAGAUCUGGACACCAGCAUAGCAGAGGAGAUGGAAGGAGAUACAAACGGUCCUAUAUGGGAGUAGCUCCUUGUUUUGAUGACCAAGCCUGUUCCUUAGAAAGACCUUUUUGGGUCCAUACUCCCAGCUAUUCUCAUGCUGAACUGCUACAGCCUGCCCCCAGACUUCCAUAGCAGGAUGUGUAGCUCCUUUAUAUAACAUAUUAGAAAUAUUCCUGCUCAACUUAUACCAUGGACACCUGUCAUGGUACAGAACUGCUGAGGGUGUUGGGGUGUGAUAGAAGCUCUUUAAAGAUAAAGGAAUGCAAAUUCCCCACGAUUCCCUGCAGUAGCUAAGGGGCAUGAUUCGCCUACUUUUGUUUGUUUUAUUAACCCUGGCUAAGCAUCUUCUGCAGCCUGCAGAUCUGAUGAGAGACAGAGGCUACGUGUGCAUACUGGAAUUUCUUCCACAUUUUGCUCAGUCCUUCAGGCUUUUAUUAAUACUAUUUGAAAAAUUCUGGCUCAUCAUUCUGAAUUCAAGCUGCCAUCACUGUAUUGUAAAAACUCUCAGCUUUGUGUCUGGCUUCAAAAGUAGGGAACUCCCCGAAGACAUCUUUGUACUGUGAUUGUGGGCAUUAAAAUUGAAUCUUCUCAGAAUGAGGUGAAAGUGUUGCAGUGCUUUAAUCCUUCCAGCUAAGCGACCCCUUCACUUUCACUCCAGCCUUCUCUGCUGCUUUUUCAGCUCUAGCAAUGGCUGCAGAUGCUGCCCCCAGAGCAGACUCCCGCUGUGCCAUGUGUUGCACAUUAUCAUGUACUGGUAGCACAACAGAAGGCUUUAGCAGCUCCAUGGCCAACAGUGCUUCAUCCUAUAUAUGUAUGCAGCAGACACUGUACCUGCCCCUCAGUGUUUACCAGCUAGGGACCACACGUUUGUCUUUUUUCCCCCAUGUUGCAGUAUGUGCACAGUAUACCCUGGAGCUGGAAGAUUCAAAGUUGGACUAAUGCUAAAACAUUUCAGGAAGGUUAUUAAAUCAGAUGAGAGCUGUUAUUGAAAGGUGCAAAGGAAGGGACAGAGGCUGUGAUGACUUUGGGUACCCUGGGGAUCUCCGAACAAUUGAUGCUGAGUGCCAGGACCAAGUUUAGAGCUAGGUGUAGACUUUAUUUCUGAUCUGGUUGAUGUUCCAAGUGCUCUUAUUGGGGGCUUGUCAUCAGGACUAACUUCUGCGUUGAACACAAUCCUGCCUGCUGUGCACAGGGAGAGCUUUUGCACUUUUAGAGUAGAAAUGUUAUUAAACAAACAAACAAAAACAAAAUCAAAAACCAAAACCACCAAUCCAGAAGAGGCCAGAGCCAUCAACUGUUCACCCAUUCAGCUGUGAAAGGAAUGACUAAUGGUGCUUAAUGAAGCAGUACUCUCUAAAUGCAUCCUGCACUUUUUUUUUUUCCAGUGGCAAAAAUCCCAUUAACAACUGGUGUCAUCACACAUCUUCCCAGCCUGCCUUUACCUCUAGUACUGAACAAAGCGACAUCUUCAAAUGUCUGUAUUUUCUUGUUCUUCUUUUUCUAUUUUGUAACUUUCCUCAUGAGCUGAAAAUGAAAUAAAUGCCCUGGAUUUUCACAGCCA